CAGGAGGAUCCAGAAGCAGGAUUUAAUUCCAUGUACCCAUCUCUGUUCCUCUCACCUGGAGGUUACAAAUUUGAGCAAUUUCUCUUCUACUUGUCCAGAUAUGUUUUACUGAAAACACUGAAAAAAGAAUGUAAUAUUAAAGAUGGUUAUCUUAGAUGUCCAACACUGAAGCCCUCACAUCCUCAAGCAACCCACAUUCCGAAGAUCCUGAAAUGUGCCACAAUCAAAAAUGUCCAGUCAUUGUUGGUGAGCAUUGAUGAGAAUCUAAAACUCUACUGGAAAUGGCAAGAGGCUACAAAGAAACUUACAGAAGAAUACAAAAUCCAGUUCAAAAAAAUAAACCGCAUGAAUUCAAAUCUGGAUGCAUUAAAAGAAAACAAGACUAAAGAAAAUUGUGAUGGUACAGAUGACGCAAGAAAUGAAGUUUUAUAUUGGAUCAAGCACCAAUGGAAAGACAUGCUUCAUCAGAUACAAUCCCAGAAUGCUGACAGAGAGACAAUCCAGUCUGUCAUCAAAAGCUUUGAGAGUAAACACAAACUUGACAUGCAGUUAAUUAAUGCCUGUAUUCCAGACCAACUGCUUCAGGUUAAAGAGCAAGAAAUUCAAGAGGGGAAAGUAGAAAGUCUCUACAGAAGAGGAAAACUGGACAUUGCUAGUUUAAUUAAACUCUCCAACUUCAGUUUACAGAUGUAUCAUGAAAAAUUGCAAUCUAUAAAUGUCUGUGACUGUAAAGAAACCAUCAGUGAGUUUGAAAUGCUGUCCAAAAAUCACAGUAAAUUCCUUGAAAACAUUGAAACUAUGAGACAAGAAAUGACAGAUGUCUUAGAAGAGUCAAAGGAUUCUGUACACUAUUUGACUGAAAAACUUUGUGAUAAUUGUGAUAAAGUGGAUGCUAAGAAUUUGGUCAUGAUUCCACAUUCACCACCACCCGAGAAUUUUUUAUUAACGCCUGGAAAGAAAGACCAUUUAUCACAAUCUGGAAAAUCUAUUAUAGAUUCUACAACAAUUCUAAAUUCUGAAGAAGAAGCUAAGAAGAUUCUGGAAGCUGCUACCAUUGCUGUUCAAAAUUGUACUGAAAAGAAACCAAUAAAUCUGAUUGAUACAGUUAAGAAAAAUAGAAUGUAA